AGAACGAACCAACAAAUUACAAAAAUGUUCAAAUUCGUAGUCGCUCUCUCCCUCUUGGCCGUUGCUAAAGCCGGCAAUCUCGGUUUGGCCUACUCUGCCCCCGUCGUAGCCGCCCCCAUCGCCCACGUCGCCCCUGUCGCUCACUACGCCGCCCCCGUCGCUCACUACGCCGCCCCCGUCGCCCACGUCGCCGCUGCCCCCGUGGCCGUCAAAACCGCCGUCCCAGUCGCCACCUCUUACCAAAACACCUUCAAAAUUUCUAAGACUGCUGUCCCAGUUGUCGCUGCUGCCCCCGUCGUCAAAGCCGCUCCCGUUGUUUCCUACGCCGCCCCCGUAGUCAAAGCUGUGCAUGCCGCUCCAGCUUUGUCCUAUGCCGCCGCCCCCGCUUUCGCCUACGGCGGACUCCACCACUUCUAAGCUAGUGCCGUGAUGGUUAAUUUAUUUAUUGCCGCCUGAUGAUUUUGUACAUAUUUAUUUUGAUAAAUUUUCUGUGAAUAAACUGAUUGCUAGUGAAA